AUGCUAAAACCCGUCAAAUUGACUGCUCCCUGUCUUUGCCUACCCCUCCUGUGCCUACCCCUCCUGUACCUGCCCCUCCUGUACCUGCCCCUCCUGUACCUGCCCCUCCUGUACCUGCCCCUCCUGUACCUGCCCCUCCUGUGCCUACCCCUCCUGUACCUGCCCCUCCUGUACCUGCCCCUCCUGUGCCUACCCCUCCUGUACCUGCCCCUCCUGUACCUGCCCCUCCUGUGCCUACCCCUCCUGUACCUGCCCCUCCUGUACCUGCCCCUCCUGUACCUGCCCCUCCUGUACCUGCCCCUCCUGUACCUGCCCCUCCUGUGCCUACCCCUCCUGUACCUGCCCCUCCUGUACCUGCCCCUCCUGUACCUGCCCCUCCUGUGCCUGCCCCUCCUGUGCCUGCCCCUCCUGUGCCUGCCCCUCCUGUGCCUGCCCCUCCUGUGCCUACCCCUCCUGUACCUGCCCCUCCUGUACCUGCCCCUCCUGUACCUGCCCCUCCUGUGCCUGCCCCUCCUGUGCCUGCCCCUCCUGUGCCUGCCCCUCCUGUGCCUGCCCCUCCUGUGCCUACCCCUCCUGUACCUGCCCCUCCUGUACCUGCCCCUCCUGUACCUGCCCCUCCUGUGCCUGCCCCUCCUGUGCCUGCCCCUCCUGUGCCUGCCCCUCCUGUGCCUACCCCUCCUGUACCUGCCCCUCCUGUACCUGCCCCUCCUGUGCCUGCCCCUCCUGUACCUGCCCCUCCUGUACCUGCCCCUCCUGUACCUGCCCCUCCUGUACCUGCCCCUCCUGUACCUGCCCCUCCUGUAG